UUUCUUAGUGAUAAGAUUAAAAACAAGAACAAACAAAAGAACUUCUCUUUUCAAUUAAAGUUGUUUGUCCUGAAGCAUGCUUGCGGACGUAGACGUAUUCAUAUCCAACUACACCCUAGUAGAUCCAGAAAUAUACCAAUUAUGGAUAGAGGGCUUUUCCUCGAGUGAGGCCGUUUGUUACUUAAAGCAGAAGGGAUUUGGUAGCAUGUUUGGUGCACCAAUUGAUCUCAUCGCUUCCGAUGUGCUCGAUCAUUAUCGCACCUAUUCUCUCAUAGAGCGAUUGCUGCAUGCACCGACAAAAUUGUUGGAACAAUCUUGCUUUCAGUUGGAGCCACAAACGCGUGAUUUAAUUAUUGAAAAGUAUUACUCCAUAGAUGACGCAGUUGCGCGUGAAAUUUUGGGGAAGAAAUUGUCAUCGCGCUAUAGGAAAGACCUCGAUGAAGUGUCGGAAAAGACUUGCGUCAAACUAAAGUCAUGCAGGCGUCAAUUUGAUAAUGUUAAACGUAUCUUUAAGGCAGUGGAAGAAUUGCCUGGCAAUAUCACCAGUAAUAUUAAGCAAUUAUUUUCAGUUUCUGAUGAAUUGGCCAAAAAAUAUGCUUCAAUAGUCUUCCUUGCUUGCCUGCGUUUUGAGACUUCUAAAAAGAAGCUACAGUAUUUAACUUUUUCCGAUUUGUUUGCUUGCUCACAAGCCAUUAUGGUAUACUGGACCUACACCUAUCAACACUCCGGACCUGAGUACUACGAUACAGAAAUGGACAAAGAGUUUCUGCUUGAUUUGCGUGAGUUGCGUUGUUUGCUGGACAAGGAAAAAGAAAUCAAACAUCUUGUUUGCCUGCGUCUAAAGCCAGUUUUAUUGGAGCGCGCUUACUACGAACUGGACACAAACUUUCGCUCUUACUGGCGUGCAUUUAUCACUAUAGCCUGCAAUUUGCAUCGUAAUCGUGAGUUGCGGGACCUAUUUUUGGACCUCUGUGAGAAAUUGAUAGAACCAUGGCGGCAAAAUGGUUGGAGCCGAGAGCAAGUUAAUAAAUUUUUGUCGGCCAUAACGCAAAGUGUAUUAGAUUUGGAAAUUUCGCGUGACCAAGAGACACGCUGCCUUUGGGAUCGUUAUAUGCAAGUCAUAAGCAUUUGUUUGGACAGGAUAUUUACAUUUGAAAUUACUGCUAGCGGCGCGGCCAUGGAAGAGGUGGACGAUGAGACAUUCGAUGAUGCCAAGUCGACGCGCACAUCCGAUGAGAAUCGCAAGCAAAACCACAGUGAGAUCGAGAAGCGUCGUCGUGAUAAAAUGAACACCUACAUAAACGAGCUUUCAUCCAUGAUUCCUAUGUGCUAUGCAAUGCAUCGGAAAUUGGACAAACUGACUGUACUUAAAUACACAGUGCAACACUUGCGUGGCAUUCGCGGCAGCGUGCAUCCUUAUAGUGGCGGUGAUUAUAAGCCAUCUUUUCUCUCGGAUCAGGAACUCAAAAUGCUUAUACUACAGGCAUCUGAAGGAUUUCUUUUCGUUGUGGACUGUGAUCGAGGACGCAUUCUAUAUGUUUCAGAGUCAGUGUCGCAAGUGUUGAACUGUUCGCAAAUGGAUUUACUCGGCCAGAGUUGGUUUGACAUAUUGCAUCCAAAGGAUGUGGCCAAAGUGAAGGAGCAGCUUUCCUCAUUGGACCCCUGUCCGAGAGAACGUUUGAUUGAUGCUAAGACUAUGUUACCCGUCAAAUCGGACAUUCCACAAAGUCUCUGCCGCCUCUGUCCGGGCGCACGACGUUCGUUCUUCUGCCGCAUGAAACUCAAAUCGAAUAAUAACCAAAUAAAAGAGGAAUCUGACACAUCCUCCAGUUCACGCAGUUCCAACAAGCGAAAAUCUAAGUUGAGUGUUGAUCACAAAUAUCGCGUUAUACAAUGCACUGGUUAUUUGAAGUCGUGGACACCUAUCAAAAAUGAAGACCAAGAUAGCGAGAGUGAAGAUAAUCUGACAAAUCAUUCCAGUUUAGUGGCCAUCGGGCGAAUACCACCGAACGUAUUGGAGUCGAAUGUGCCACCGUCAUUGGACAACCAUCCCAAUAUAAAGCAUGUGCUAUUUAUCUCAAGACAUUCGGUAGACGGAAAAUUCCUAUUCAUUGACCAGAGAGCUACACUGGUCAUAGGUUUUUUGCCGCAAGAAAUGCUAGGCACCAGCUUUUACGACUACUUCCAUCAUGAAGAUAUUCCUGCAUUGGCGGAGUCACAUAAGAUGGUCAUACAAGCGCCAGAAAAGGUGACCACGCAAGUUUAUCGCUUUCGCUGCAAGGACAAUAGUUUUAUACAGUUGCAAAGCGAAUGGAAAGCCUUUAAAAACCCAUGGACAACUGAUAUUGAGUAUAUAAUUGCGAAAAAUACAGUAUUCCUUUGAACACUCACUCAGCAGCUUUGGUACACUAUCGGGUGCAUCUGUAUGUAAUUUAGAAGAAACAGCUCUUAAACUAUUUUAAAUGUACUAAAUGUAUUGAUAUCCUGAAUAUAUACCUACAUAUAUGAAUUUUCAUUUUAGAAUUAAGUUUGUCGCAUAAACUGUUAACAUAUUCCAAUACAAGAUGUUCAAAAAUAAAACUUCAUCUACUACA